AUCUGUAAUUCGCCUGUUGUUUGUAUCUGACAGGGAGUUGAUUAAUUUUCAGAAAUUUAAAUUCGUACUAAGUGCGAUUUAAUUUUUAAUUUAAUUUUUUUUUCUUCUCGAUUUUCAAACUUAUAUUUUAUUGAUUUAGACAAGAAUGAGAGAAGGUGGAUGGUAACUGUCGUAGUGAUAUGAAUGCUACAGUACGCAUUAGGAAGUUUUAGUAUUCCAUGAAGCGAAAAAGACCAGCCAGACAUGAUCAGAGUUUAAAGGAGACAGAAAAACCUUCAUCUACUAAGUCAUUACGUUCAAACAUAACUGGUAAAUUGCAAACACUUCUCAAUGGCUUUGUGUCAGAGUUGCAAAACAUUUCAGAAGAUAAAAGACAAGAUGUUGCACUGCUUUUCAACCCUAAAUACAAAGAAUCAAAUUGUGCUAAUGAUACCUCGGGUGUAAAAUCUGCCUUUCCUAGUCUCUCAAAUUCUCAAGAUUCGACUAAAGUACUUCAGAAUUUCAUUGAUUCUGCUAAAUCCAGAAUAUCUGGAUUAUUAAGUAAUAAACAAGAAAAUCAGGGUUCUGGUGGAAAUAAUUUAUUGAAAAAUUUGCAGCCUUCUUCUCAGACCAAAACAAAGACUCUUAGUAUUGAUCCUCUUGAAAUCCAGAUUAAUCUAAAAUUUCAGUCCUUGCUUUUUAAAGCUUUUGACACUAAAAAAGGAAACCAUGCCAAUAAACAAGCGAUCACUACUUCUGAAAGUAUUAUCUCUGAAAAGGAUUGGCAAGAUUUAUCUCGUAUGCUCCAAGAUUUCAGUCAUUCAGCUAAGAGAAAAUUGCAUGCAUCUUUAACCAAAGAGAGAAAUACUCAGUUCCAGAAUGGCUCUGUGAGUAUUCAGAAUUCACCUGUGAAAGAAAGUCAGCCCUUUAAUAAUACUCGGUCUUUGGUCAUUGCAAGUCAAAGAAAAGACCAAAACAAAGAACUGCAGAAACCUGUUAAUCUACAAAAUCCCUCUUGUUCUCCUGCAAAUAAUUCUAGUAAAUUGACUAAAAAAAAUGCAAAAUUAUUGAAAAUGGAUUUCUCUAGUGAAAGUACAGAUAGCUCGAAUAGUCCUCGCAAUCCAUAUGAUGAAAGAUACAUGCUUUUGCUUUCGGAUGCUGAGAAAUGUCCAAACUAUGUGUAUCUCCAUUUGUCAUCUGAUUCAGAUGAACGUGAAAACAUAGCUGAAUCGCCAAACUCUUUGAUGCAGAAAUCUGAAUCGGAAGAUGAAGUCAUUGUUUUAGGAGAGAAAAGUAAAACAUACCAAGAAGUAACUUUGGAAGAAGAUGAUGAUGGUCAAGUACAUGAAAGUGUUGUAGAAAAAAUUGCUGAAAAGUGUGCAAAGAAAGAAAAAGAGGUUGAAGAACCUGUGUUCAAUUGUCCUAUAUGUGAUAAAAGUUAUCGCGCACAGUCAUUGUUACAAUUUCACAUUAAAAUGCAUACUGCAGAAAAUCCUUCCUCCAAGGUUUCACAGAAUUGUUAUCCAAAUUCCAGUUCAAGUAGUGAAGAUGAAAGCAGCUCACUUGAGAGACCAACUUUAAACCAACGUGCAAGGAAAGAAAAAGAAAGCACAAAGAUCAGUUCUAAAGUAUUGUCAAUUAAGAAGAACCGUCGUGAGAAAUAUAAGAGACGCAGAAACAAAGAAACUUCAAAGUCAUCUCUUUAAUAAUUGUCCUCUGAAAUGAUUUCUGGAAAUGGUAAAUGUUGGUACUUUGAUAAGAAUAGAUGGUUUUAUGUUUGAUGGAAAUAUUCUGAAUUUUGUGCAAAUUUUCUCACUCCAUCUGCACCACAUCUCUUGGGAAGAAUUCACUGCAUAAAAAUCCUUAAUGUUGUCUUGAUGCUUUAGUAUUGUAUGUCUAUUUGUGUGAAAUGUAUAUGUAAUGUUGCAUGUAUGUGUUUUAAACCUUUGUGAGGAAUAAGUGUUUUAUAUGAAAACUAUAAACUUUUAAUUUUAGAUAAAUUACUUAAUAAGAUGUAAAUCAUUUUAUACAUAUUGUUUAUGCUGGCCAUCAGCAUGUAUGUUUCUUAAAGUUUAUUUUUUCUGUUUAGAUUUUUUUUAAAAAUAUUAAAAAAUUAUUUAAAUAUAAGAAGCUUUUUAAAGUUUUUUUUAUAUAUAUUUUGCUGGAUGAUAUUAUUUACUUUUAAUACUAUUUUUAUCGGGAAAAUUUUAGUCUAAUGAAGUAUAUAAAAAUUUUAUUUUAUUUUUGAUAAAAUUAUUUGGAAGCUUCAUGAUUUUCACUCCUGAUGUAUUAGAGUCCUUUCUGCAUAGUGUUUGAAAUAUCCUUCAACUUUUAGUUUAUGAAUGUGAUUUUAAAUUACUUUGAACAUUUAAAAAUAUUAUCUUGAUGUCUCCGACUUUUGAUUUCAUACUUGCCAUAUUCCAUUAUGUGUAGAUAUCUGUUCUUGACAUUAAUUUCUUUCCAUGUUCCAAAAAUAAAAAGAAAUGAAAAAGCCA